UAUUACAUACUUCUGGGGGUGGGACUUGAACUCGGGCUUUCUGGCUCAGAGGUGGAGAUAUUACCACUGUGUCUCCAGAGCCCCCCCAAGACUGGGAAUUUCCAGAGUGCGACGUCAUGUGUUAAAAGAGAGUCAGAUGAUGCUGGGUCAUACCCGGAGACAGCUAGAGAUUGCGCUUUGUUUGUGUCUAUUUAUACGGGCAGACGUACCGAGUUUUCUUUACACCGCUCUCGGACAUUGUGCAUUUGAAGGAUUUGAGGUGAUAUAUCUCUAAUGGAGUCGAAAGGUCCUUAUGCACCACCCCCUAACUAUACUGAUGCUAUGCAACCACCAAGCUACCAAGCAGCUGCUGACAAUCUACCUUAUCCUGCUGGAUCUCCCAUGGGAGGUCCUGGGGUGCCAACUGCUCCAUAUCCACCCCAGCCUGCAGCUGCUCCUAUUGUGGUGCAGACUGUUUAUGUACAGCCCAGGCAACUUGGUUUCCAGCCAACGCAGACUACCUGUGCAUCCUGUAACCAGUUAGUGUUAACCCGUGUUGUCUACUCACCAGGUGCACUAACAUGGCUAAGUUGUGGAGGUCUCUUCCUUGUUGGGUGUUGGCUUGGCUGCUGUCUGAUCCCAUUUUGCAUUGAUGGCCUUAAGGAUGUGGAACACUUCUGUCCAAACUGUGGAGCAAACAUUGGUGCCUGCAGACGCCUUUAAAUUUCAUUCGGGUUUUGCUUUGCUCUGGAUGUAAUGUUGGCAUUUUACACCUGGACUGCUCUUCACACAGUAUCUGUUCAAUUGCUCAGACUUCACUGAGAUUCAACAGGCACUGAAUCUGGAAGGAAAUAUUUCCUAAUGCAGAAGACUGUCUACAGCCUGCCUCUAAUCCCAUAAUUGCAUCUGCUAAUAACCUGUGGUUCUGAGUCAUGAGCAGCAAUUUUAAUGACUGAGAGAAUGUUUUAAGUAUUCAGGUAUUUUGUCACUUAGUUUAAAUAUCCCUUUUUAAUGGGUUUUGGCAACUAGCAUUAUCUUUAAGCAGGUCUCCAAGUAAAAGGAUUUGGAUUAUUAGGUAAAACUUGUGCCAUUUGGUAGUUUUGUUGAUUACAAUUCUUUUAAUAAAAUAGUAACAUUAAAAUUAAAAGAAAUCAAGGCCUGGAUUAAAGAUAGCAGCAUAUAUCACAUCACAUGCCUAAACUGGUGGUCUGACAUUUCUCUGGGUGCUUGGUCUAUUUGGCUCUACUGUAGUUACUUGAUUAACUUGAUUUUGGUACAUGUUUGCACAAAUCACCAUUAUUAACACUGCCAAGACUGUUGGAAACACUUGGAUUGCAUUAUGGAUUCUAGAGUACUGAAAUGUGUCACUUCAAAAGAAAUCCUUAGCUAUUUUUAACCUUUAGCAUUGUAAACCACAAUCCCUUCCCCAGAUAUGAAAAUUGUUAAACUUUGGAAGUUCACGGCGGGGGGGGGGCGGAAAAUGUACUAACAAGAAUUAAAUGUGACUAACACCUUUUUUGGAUUGGGGUGGACAAGUUCAGAAGUCUGACAAGACCAGAUUAUAGUCCAAGUUUAUUUGAAAUCAAUGGCUGGUUGACUUCACCUGAUGACAAAGGAGCAGUGCUCCGAAGCUUGAGAUUGUUGGACUAUAAUUGGUCAUGUGACUUCUGACCUUUUUCUGUUGUGAACACUGAACAAGUUGUUGCUAAUUCCAAUGAUAACCCACUUUGCGUUUACCUGAAGAGAGCUUCUUUGUAAAGAGGCUAAACCAGGUCAGUGAUCUGAUCAUGCAAAUGACUUGACCCAACAGGUGUGUAAUGAUAGUCUCCAGACUUGCUGCAGUGGCAAGAUGUUCAUUUUAUUGUGGAAAUUUUAAAUUUGUAGCAAAUAAAAUGACUUUCUAUGCUACAUAAUCAGAACUUGUGUAGAAACAGGCUUGAUUGUUAGCCUGCUGGUCAGAUUUGCAUUAUUACAUAUGAAGAAUAACUUGAAAUGACAGUGUAGUUUAAGGAACUUUGAAUAAAAUGGGAGUUGUAGUCUAGAAAAUGGCAAGAGAAGCUAACACCUCUUAAAUGUGCCCUACUGGUUAUGUUUCAGAAGUUCUCGUAUUUAAAAGCAUUUUUGUAAAUGUUGUAUCAUAACUUGUCUGCAAUCUUUGUUAUCCUGACCUAGCAGAUCUGCUUAUUUUGACCUGUAUCCACUACACACUGCCAAGCCUACUUUCAUUUGAAAAUGGACAGCCAAUCCUAGAUACAGUACAAUGAUCCUCUACUUUCCACUCAAUUUAAACAACCUUAUUUUAAAAGUAUACAAUCUGUGGAAAAGGUCCAAUGCAUGUGCAGCUAAGUAUAGGAACUGUUUUGGGGGUUAUGCAUACAAUACCUAUUGCUUGUACUCAUUACAGUCUUGCAUUUAUUUCCUUUUUAUGCAAACUUUAAACAGCACACUAUUAACUGCAACAGAUCAGCAUACUUGUAAAAUGGCAGGCUUUUGCAAGCUUGGUGCCUGCAGACACUUAAACUAAGAUGCAGCUUGGUUCUGUUAAACAUAACUCUUGCUAUUACACCUAGACUACUCUUCAGAGCUUUUAAUUGCUAAUGAGACUUUCACUCAAGACUCAAUAGCCACUGAAUCUGGAAGGAAAUUUUAAUGCACUAGACAGGCUGUAAACAGUCUCUAAAUCCUCCUAAUUGAAUAACCAUUGAAUUUUAAAGUUCUGGUGUUGCCAAUGCAAUCUGUUUUAGGAUUUUUGUUUGCAAGUUUUUUCCCAGACUUUAGUGCUGGACACCGAUGGAAAAAAAUCUCCAAUACUGAAAAAUUGGAUCUUUAUUUGAAUAUGACUUGUUCCAACCUGCCAGCUGUCUAGAUUAGGCUUUGAACAAAUCCAAGGUAAAAUUUUUCUAAUUGUAAUACUGUAAAUAAACCUUUGGCUUUUUGUACCUAUUAUCCCUAUUUUGAGUGGGAAGCUUUUUCUGUCUGAAGUCUUAAAGAUGUGUUUUGACAAAAUGUCUUCUGCUCAAUGAGUUUCUUCUUAUAAAUAAAAACAAAAUCAUCAUCA